AUUGCUCAGAUAAUCGGCCUUUCGCAGUGUCAAUCGCGAGCGAUGUCAGUGCGAGGCAAAAUUGCAGCUGGCCGUGCGUGUUUGUGGAAUUAUUGAUAAAAGUAAUUGGCAACUGAUCUGCGCUCUCCCGGCACAGGAAUGACCGUGAUGGCAGCAGUUUCAGCGUCGGAGAUCAGCGAUAACGCGAAACUGGCCCGUGAGAUGGCACUGAUUGGCAACUACGACUCCGCAGGGAUUUACUACGAGGGCGUCCUGCAGAUGGUGCAGCAGCUCGUGCUGGGCCUGGCCGAUCCCGUGCGCAAGGGCAAGUGGACUCUGAUCCAGCAGCAGCUGUCGAAGGAGUACAGCGAGGUGAAGUCCAUCCAGAGGACGCUGACAGAGAUAAGCAUCGAUCUGCAGAACACGCCACUGAAGACAAAGCUGCGUGUGCCAACGACUGAGGUGGCGGCCAAGGAUCCGGCGUCGUGGUUUCGCCCGGAUCCGGACAUCUGGAUGCCUCCGUCUCACCGUGAUCCGGACGUCUGGCCGCCACCAUCGCCUCUGGACUCCAGAUCCGGCGGUCAGUCGCGACAGCAGCAGAAGGGAAGGAAGCCGGAAACGUCGCGCAAGACAAUGUCGCGGCCGGGAACGACCGCCAAGAAGGGCCAGGAGGCGAAGGGCGGUGCUGGAAAGGGUGUGAACGGGAAGUUGGCGGGCAAGGAGAGUCGCCGGGCGACUGGAAACCCAGCGGACAAGGGCGACAAAGGGGAGAAGAGCGACAAGAGCCCAGAUGAGGAGGCGAAAGAGGAGGAGCCACCAGAGGAGGAGCGCAAAUUCGAGCCGGCCAGUCACGCCGAUGUGGAUCUCGUGGACAUGCUGGAGCGGGACAUUCUGCAGAAGAACCCCAACAUCCGGUGGGAUGACAUCGCCGAUCUGGUGGAGGCGAAGCGGCUGCUCGAGGAGGCCGUGGUGCUGCCCAUGUGGAUGCCGGACUACUUCAAGGGCAUCCGGCGGCCUUGGAAGGGCGUCCUGAUGGUGGGACCGCCCGGCACCGGGAAGACCAUGCUGGCCAAGGCCGUGGCCACGGAGUGCGGCACGACGUUCUUCAACGUGUCCUCCUCCACACUCACGUCCAAGUAUCGCGGCGAGUCCGAGAAGCUGGUGCGUCUGCUGUUUGAGAUGGCGCGCUUCUAUGCGCCCAGCACGAUCUUCAUCGACGAGAUUGACUCGCUGUGCUCGCGCAGGGGCUCAGAGUCGGAGCACGAGGCGUCGCGACGGGUGAAGUCGGAGCUGCUGGUGCAGAUGGACGGCAUCAGUAGCGACGAGGCGACAAAGGUUGUGAUGGUUUUGGCGGCCACGAACUUUCCCUGGGACAUUGACGAGGCGCUGCGGCGGCGUCUGGAGAAGCGCAUCUAUAUUCCGCUGCCCAAUGACGAUGGCCGCGAGGCGCUGCUGAAGAUCAAUUUGCGCGAAGUGCAGCUGGAUCCGUCUGUGGAUCUGAAGAGCAUCGCCAGGAAGUUGCAGGGCUACUCGGGAGCUGAUAUCACCAAUGUUUGCAGAGAUGCCAGCAUGAUGUCCAUGCGCCGGAAGAUUGCCGGGCUGAAGCCGGAGCAGAUCAAGUUGCUGGCCAAGGAGGAGGUGGAUUUGCCAGUGUCCACGAAGGACUUCAUAGAGGCCAUCAGCAAAUGCAACAAGAGCGUGUCGAAGCAUGACUUGGAGAAGUAUGAGCAGUGGAUGCGGGAAUUUGGCUCUUCCUGAUGAACUCUCUCUCUCUCUCACCCUGAUUGACCCUUAACCCCCGGAUUUAACCGUUUCUCCGUGCAAUCGAAUUUUACAUCUAUUUAUCCAUUGAGAGACAUGACGACAAACGGCCAUUUUCUUCCACAGUUGGCUCCAUUAUUUGCCAAUUUGUGAUUUGUGUACUUAAUGAUACUGAAUUUAAUAAAAAAAAAUCCUAAUAAAA